AUGGAGGUGGAAGUUGGGUUUCUGGGGCUGGGAAUAAUGGGGAAGGCCAUGUCCAUGAACUUGCUCCGUCAUGGCUUCAGGGUCACUGUAUGGAACCGCACGCUUUCCAGGUGUGAUGAGCUGGUGGAAUUAGGGGCAUCAGUUGCUGAAACUCCUGCAGCAGUGGUCAAGAAAUGCACGUACACAAUUGCAAUACUGUCUGAUCCUUCAGCAGCUCUUUCGUUGGUUUUCCUAGUUGUUUUCGAUAAGGAUGGUGUUCUUGAGGAGAUUUGCAGCGGUAAAGGUUACAUUGACAUGUCAACAGUUGACUGCCACACUCUUCAAAGAUCAGUGAGAGUGGUAAUGCAAUUGUUCUUUGCAUAUCUCCAGGCAAUCACAUCAAAAGGAGGUUAUUUCCUUGAAGCUCCAGUUUCAGGUAGCAAAAAACAAGCUGAAGAUGGUCAAUUAGUAAUCCUUGCUGCAGGAGAAAAGGCAUUGUAUGAUGAAGUACUUCCUGCGUUCAACGUAAUGGGAAAAAACAUGAUGAAUGCAUUUUCUGAGGGCCUCACACUGGCUGAUAAAAGUGGAUUGAACCCUCAAACUCUUCUUGAUGUGUUGGACCUUGGUGGAAUUGCUAAUCCGAUGUUUAGGAUGAAGGGACCAGCUAUGCUCCAGAAAAGUUACUCCCCUCAUUUUCCUCUAAAACACCAGCAAAAAGAUAUGAGGUUGGCACUCUCCCUUGCUGAUGAUUAUGCAGUGUCAAUGCCGGUGGCAGCAGCUGCUAAUGAGAGUGAGAACAUGAAGAACAUGCUCAGCAAUGCUGGAGAUUAG